AUGGACAGCAGUGGCAGCUUCGCAAGUGAUGGUCACGGCGGACGGAGAAUGCGCCGCGCGGCGAAAGGAGGCUGUCGAAGAAGUCGUGGAUCCCGGUGUCAGUGGGAGCUAUCGACUUCGGCUGUCGCGCGACGUCGCAAAGAGAUGGAACCGCUGGAUGCGCCGGGCGCCGAUGCGGUCGACGAUGAUGCGGUCGACGCAAUGGGCGCGCCGAGAAGGAGGCGAGUGUCUGAGGUUCUGGUACUUUUGGAAGCUCCCACGAAAGCUCUAGAGUCGCGAGGAGGCCAAGUCUCAGGACCGGAGUUGAUGGAGGUUGGUUGUUGGUUGGGAGAAGACUGGAGGAGGAGGACACAUGCAGGACCUUGGGAAGCAGCUAGCGUCAACUGGUCCGAUACUCUGGACAACGUACGGAGGACCGCGUGCUGCGUUCCUCUAGGCCAGAUAAGGCAUCUGUCGAGGAAGGUGCAGUCCAAAAAUGGCGCCUGGGGUGCUCCGUACCUAGAGUCAGCUUAA